GGAGUGUCUCUGCUCUGCCCGGUGAGUCACUGAGCCGCUCACCGCGGCCUGUCUAUAGGUUCCAAAGAAAAACUCUCUGAAUAAUUUUGUGGCAGUAGUUGGGCCCCUCAGAGUCACCCACUUCCUAAUCUUGAGUUAAACGGGGAGCAAUAUUUACUUUAAGCCCAUGCAGCUUCCACAAAGCCUCACCUUGACUUUCCGAAUCAACAAGUACGCGGUGGUUGGUGAUGUCUCCUCGCCGCCGCAGUGGCGCCGCAUGCAUGAGCAGCUGUUUGCCCGCCUGUCCCUCCUGGUGCUCAACAGUUUUGGCCUCCAGGGCAUGCGCCUGAAGCUCAUGGCCACCAUGUGCCAGAGUCGGUUCCCCUGCAUGAGCGUGUACUACGGGAACUACAACACCAUGAAGCACCGCCUUCUCAUCAGCUGCAACUCCACUCCCGGGAGCUGGAUUUCCACCUUCAUAGCGUCAAAGUCCUUCCUGUGGGUACAAGUCGUGGGAUGGUUAUGAAGGGUCCCCAGCAUGAGCCACCCGCAGGACAUGGGUGAUCUGCUGGCCACAGGC